AUGUUCUUACAUUUGAAGGUUGAAAAUUAGAGAAAAGCAUCAGUUGGACAAUGGAGAACAAUUCAGAAAAGUCGGUUCUUGGAGAUGAAGAGAAGACAAUCAAGUCUAGAAGCGCUGGAGAAGAGAAUCAUGAUUUUGUAGUAAUCAACAAGGAAGAAAAUCGAAGGCAUGUGAAGCAAGAAGAUGAUAACAAAAAGGAUGUUUCAACCGCCAUGAAAGAGCAGAACCAUGAAAUUGAAUCAACAAAAGCCAAGAUGGGAGAGGUUAAAGAAGAGAACGAAAGGCUAAAACUGUUACUAUGCCAAAUCGUAAAGGAUUACCAGUCCCUCCAAACGCGUUUCCAUGACGUUCUUCAAAAAGAAGAAGCAAACAAGUCCUUCACCAUGUCAGCUGCAAGCAGCCAUGAAGAAAACGAAGAACACCAGCACCUUAUCUCUCUUAGCCUGGGGCGGGGUGAUCCACCGAAAAAAGAAGAGAAAAAGUGUAGCAACAAAGAAGAUGACGGGAAACAUAAUAAUAAUAAUGGACUAGAGCUUGGUCUGGAAUGCAAAUUCGAGCAAGAUAGUUCAACUGAGCCGGAGAAGAACAAUAACCCAAGCUCUGAAAGUAGCUUAGGGAAACCGGAGGAAGAAGAACCAACUGAGGUAUGGCCACCGAGUAAAAUUCUCAAGACCAUGAGAAGUGGAGAUGAAGAAGAAGUUUCAGAGCCAAUGCAGUUGAAGAAAACUAGGGUUUCUGUCAGAACCAGAUGUGAUACGCCAACGAUGAAUGAUGGAUGUCAAUGGAGAAAAUAUGGGCAGAAAAUAGCAAAAGGGAAUCCAUGUCCUCGAGCAUACUACCGUUGCACGCUUUCACCCACUUGUCCAGUGAGAAAACAGGUACAAAGAUGUGCCGAGGACACGUCCAUCUUAAUCACAACCUAUGAAGGGAACCAUAACCAUCCACUACCUCUAAAUGCGACAGCAAUGGCUUCCACCACUUCAGCAGCAGCUUCCAUGCUACAGUCUCAAUCAUCGAGCUCCCAACCUGGCCUGGGGACCUCAGUUUCUGCACCCUCUGCUUCCAUGUCUUCUUCUUCAGCUAACCACCUCCAUGCUUUGAACUUCAACUUUUCCCAAAACUCAAGCCCAUAUCAUCAAUACAAUUUCCUGAACUCUUCGAUCUCAACUUGCAAUUCUCACCCAACUAUCACCCUUGAUCUUACUACUGCACCACCCAAUAGCUCAUCAUAUUUCAGUAGAUUUUCUAAUGCACCCAGAUAUUCAUCAGCAUGUCUCAACUUUUCCUCCUCGCCUUCUUCUUCUUCUUCUUCUUUAGAACUACUCUCCAACCCACAGGCAUCUUGGAGGAACACUAGCCACUUAACCUUUGGGGGGGCAUUCCCUAACCAUGCAAAUAGUGCCAUUGGGACAUUGGCUUAUCCUGGAAGGCAAUCACCUUACAUGCAAAUGACCAACCAGGGUUUAUCAGAGACAAUAACAGCUGCAAGCAAGGCGAUUACAUCAAAUCCAAGCUUUUGUUCUGCCUUGGCAGCUGCUCUCACUUCCUUUGUUGGAAAUGGAGGUGGUUUACCAAGAGACAAUAUUAAUGGAAAAGAAGGGAAACGGGUUGAGUCAUCGCUUUCUUUGAAUAAUCCUCAUCAGCAACAACAAAAGCAAGGAAGCUUACUGCUAUUCCCGGUAUCCAAGACUGCUUCAGAUCCUCCUGCAGAUAAUAGCAAUGAUCAUAUCAAGUGAUGCUCUAGCUAUUGUAUGUUAAAACAUUUUCACUUCCAGCCCUCAGAUUCCAAUUAAUUACCAUGUUUUUUGC